GCUCUCUCUCUCUUUCUCUCCGUCCUUCUUUCUCUCUCUCCGGCGGUGGCUUCGGACGGUCCUAAGCGAGAGGCGAUGCUUGACAAUCCGAGUUCGCCGCCCGUUCGCGCAAAUGGCGUCUGCGAGUGCACCCACCUCCUGGCCGAGGCUCUGACCGCGCCCGGGAACCGCCAGGACGAGCCGACCGCCGCGUAACGCCGUCCGCCUGGCUGCUCGGCCGCGAGCGGCUGCCAUCGAGAGGCCAACGGCCACGAGUGUGUCUUUUGUGCGCGCGAGCCAAGCGGCCCGAUAGAACCGCGCGCCGAACCGGGCCCAAGAGUCCACGCGGGAUCUCUCGGGAACCAUCUUCCGAGACCGCGUCGCGUCGAAAUCCUCCGCGAGUCCUUCGCUCUCGCACCUAUCGACGCGGUUCGAGCGGCACGCCAGGUUCCUUAUUUUCGAGAAUUCGCACACGCAGGGCGGCCUCAGGGAGCCGGAGAGUCCGGGAUACUCGCGGCCGCGUAGCACUCGGCGGGCCGGGCUAACCUCUUUGCCGUGGUGCUCAUUUUCUCAAGGUCUGCUUUUUACUACUGCUUCCUUCGGAGGGGUUCCGAGAUUGUAAAUAGCGAGUGUAUAUAGUGUAAUAGGUGAGCGUGAUAGGAGAGGUGUUUUAGUUGGCAAUGAGUUCGAGUAACAAAUCGUCGGUGUCAUCCGGCGGCAGAGGCACCAACAAGAGCAAGUCGUCACAGCAACAUGGCAAGUCGGACCACCAUCAGUCUAAAUCGUCGGAUUCAGGGAAACACGACAAAACACAGCCGAAAACGGAUCAGAUGCGACACGCACAAAUAAUUGACACUCGAAUGGGCGGAGGCGAGGAUCCCGUCAUGAAGGAACGCAUCAAGCACAUGAUGGACGUGACACGCCGGACCGAAGACGAAGUCAUCAUGGCUCUGCAUGACAGCGACUUCGACUUCGAUCGUGCUGUCAACGACCUUCUGGAAGGGGUCUCGCCAGAGUGGGAAGUGAUGAAGAAGAAGGCUCGUCAACCCAGUGGCUCGAAGCAGACCGCCGAUCAGUCAGCUGGUCAGGAUGACAGUGGGGACUACGAAGAAAGACGUCAUCAGCGCGUCGGUGGGCCUCCUCGUAUGCGUGGUCGUGCCAACCACGAUAAUCGUGGAUGGCGCGGACGGGAGAACAAGGAGAAUGAGAGAAACAUGGAGGACAACGUGCGAGAAGGUGGCUACGGUGGGAAUAGGCGAGGCAGAGGAGGUCCCGGAAAAUCGGGUCGUGGAGGAAGAGGCGGUGGUCGAGGCCUCGGUCCGCGCACCUUUGCCAACCGCGGGGACAUGGCCUCCGCGUCCUCGACUCAUAGCUUUAAUCGGCCCAUCGACACGUGGACAGGCAGCGAGGAACAGCAGCAGAGCAUUCAAGAGCCAAAAAUGGAUGCCUGGAAUAAUAUGGAACCUUCGGAAGAGUGGGACAACGAGGAGUACACGGGCUCAUUGGCGGAUACCAAAGUCUUUACACCAAGUACCAUUGUAAACGAGCCAUCAGCUACGGAAGAGCCAAAGUCCCAGGACCUACAGUCGGUUGUGCAAUCGGUUCAGUCUUGCAGUUUAUCGCCACUCCAACAGGAGGAAUUACCUAAAAUGUCGGAAGUACCGGUGAUGCAGCAGUCGCCGCAACAACCUCCGACGCAGCAGCAGGCUCAGCAACAAGUGCAGCAGCAGCAACAGCAGCCCGUUCUGAGCAUGCCGACGAUUCAGCUCUCUCAACAGCCGAAUGCCGUCAGCGGCGGAGUCCUGACUGCCGCUCAAACGCAAUACCUGACGCAACUCACCCAGCAAACGAGCGAAAGUCUGAAGGGCCCCAGCCAGGCUGCAUUUUCAUCCCCGAUGUCGAGCCAGCCUCAGAGGCAACCGAAGCAACGGCCCAGGGUACCACCUCCCUCGAAGAUCCCCUCAAGCGCCGUGGAGAUGCCCGGCGACGCCGUCAACAGCGGAAUCGGGUUCCUGGACGUACAAUUCGGCGCCCUGGAGUUCGGGAGCGACUCGGCCUCCCUGGACGGCUCGGCCACGGAAAAGUACAACUCGGCGAACUCGUCGAUGACGGGUAUCGACGUCUCCUCGACGGUAAACGCCACGAGCGCCGGGACCACGUCGAAUUCCCUGGACAUCGAGUCGUCGAAGACGUCGAGCAGUCAGUACAACGCCACCAGCCAAAUGUUGUCCAACAGCGACAGCUUGCCCGUGUCCAGCGAGCACUCGUUGAACUCGCAGGGCGGCUUCGCGGGUCGCACCGGCACGGCGGGUCAGACCCUGGACAUCAAGCAGGACUUCGGCUCCCAGGUCUCGCCCGGGAACGCCCCGAGCUAUGCCGCCGGGUCCACCUAUCAGUCGCAGAAGAGCUCCUACCAGCAGCCCUCGGCCGCGACGCCGAGCAGCUACAAUCCUUACUCGAGCGUCACGCAGUCCGCGCAGUCCUUCCCUACGGCGACGGGCGGGAACGCGAACAGCUACUCGGCGACCACCGCCGUAUCUCAGGCAGGUUACAACACCUCGUCCUCGUACCCGCAGUCCAACGCUUCCACCUUCAGCCAAGCUUCCCCGUCCGCGUCCGCGUCCUCCGGAUAUAAUCAGACCACCACGGCCAACCAGGCGUACCAGUCGGCGAGCGGAUACGCGCCUACCACCACGUCGCAAUACCAGGCACCCUCGGCGGCGACGAACACCACCUCGAAUGCCAGCUCCGGGUACCAGUCAACGGGGUAUCAAGGUUCCUCGUCUUUCCAGACGACUCCCCAGGCCUACCAACCGUCCGUCACCACCUUCACCUCCCCGAUGACGCAGACGACCGGCGCUUAUCAGAGCACGGCUCAAUCCGUUUAUGCGAGCACCUACGGGAGCUACGGCAACCAACCUCAGAGCGGCUCCCACAAUCAUAAGCUGAACAGCAGCUCAGGCAAGGACUCCCAGUACGAGAGCAGCACGACGACGAGCAGCGGAUCCCUGGCGACGACGACCGCCCCCGCGUUGGGCCUCUCCUCGACGACCGUAAACAGCUCUCAGACCAAAGUUACGAGUUCCAAUGCAGUGCCGAAGAGCACCUCCAGCGGCGUGGUGAGCGGCACCAGCGGAGGCACCGGCAGCAUGACCGGAGGUGCGGCCGGUAGCAUGACUCCCAUGCUCAGCCACCAGUACAUCAUGGGCCAGGGUGUUCCCUAUGCCUUCCAGCAGCCGAUGUACAGCUACGAGGACCUCCAGAUCAUGCAGCAGAGAAUACCGCACAUGCCAACUACUGGUUACUAUGACGCGGCUCUGGGCUAUCAGACGACGGGGCCAGCAACCAGUCUCGGAGGCGGUCGAGGAGACGCCUUGACCGGUGUACAGGGUGUUCAGGGAGUACAGGGUGUACAGGGAGCCUAUACCAGUAUUAGCGACGCCAGGUUCGCCAGGAACGACAGCAACGCCUCGCCGGUCCCCUCGACGAUGUCGCAGCAGACGGCGACGCAGCAUCAGCAGCCGAUGAUGAACCCGACGCUGCCCCCGGGAUACGCGUACUUUGCCUACGGGGGAGGCCUCAUGCCGGGUAGCUUCCAGUACGGGACGCCGGCGAUCUAUCCCAUCGCGACCGCCGGCAACGCCGGGACGAACAGCGGGGCGUACAGCGCGAAGCCCGGGAACUACGGGUCCGGGUACGGGGGCGGCGCCAGCUACGACACCCUGGCGAGCGCCGGGCCCCAGGCGGAGUACAAGGGCGCCGGCAGCGGCUACACCGGCACGCAGGCCGGCAAGACCGGGACCUCCGCCACAGGGAACACCAACUCCGCCGGGUCGUCGGGCGCCGACAUAAGCGCGACCAUGUACGCCAAGAGCCACGUGGCCCUCGGCAAGGUUAACUCGUACGACAAGCAGACCUUCCACUCGGCGACUCCGCCGCCCUUCGGGCUGACCGGGAGCCAGAGCGCGGGCCUGCCGGGCGGCUACGGGACGCCGCACCUCUUCAUCCCGACGAUGCCGCACCAGCUGCACCAGCCGCUGCAUCAGGACGGCGGCAGCACCACGGGCCAGAGGUCCAACGCGAGCUCCCAGAACAAGGCCCAGGCCAAGCCGGGCUACAGCCCCAGCUACUGGACCGGCGGCAACUAAGGGCCGGGGCCGCCCUUUCGACCAGGAGGACACGGCGUCGGGAGUACACGGACCUAGCCGACGACCACCCGGAGGGCAGAGGACGCGCGCGCGAUGAGCGCGCCGCAGCGAGACCGGGAGGCGACCGAGGUGGUGCCCCCUUGAUCUUACACACACAUACACGCGCCGCGGACCUGUACGGCCAGCCUGGACCAAGGACGACUUUGGUACACGGCCCCGGGGAGGUGUUUUCGACGGAUGGAGGCCGAAUCGGCGAUUUCUCUGUCUCUAUCUAUCUAUGUACUCCCCUCUCUCUCUUUCGUUCAAGUUGACUCGCUCCGUCUCCCCCUUCUCUCUCUCUCUCUCUCUCUCUCUCUCUCUUGUUCUCCGAUUCUCUCUCUGACUCUUGUUUCCUAGCGUCAGCGGGUGCACCCGCGAGACCUAGUAACUACCCCCUCAGCGCGCGAGGUCGCUGCGGCGGGACUCUCAUCCUCCUCGCCCUGGAGGUGACACCGGUGGCGACCCUGGUCGCGGACCCUCCCGCACGGCGAGAGUUUAUAAAUUUACAUACAUCCAUAUACAUAUAUAAAUAUAUAUAUAUACAUAUACAUAUAUAUAC